AUGUCUUUCCAAGAAAAGGUGAAAAGACCUUAUAAGGAUAAACUCUUAUUAACAAUCCUUGUCAUACAGAUGAAGUUUAUGUCAGUAGUUAAGCAUUAUAUAGAUAAUGAAGAUAUUUGCUAUGUAGAAUGGACACUGGGGACACCAGCUAAAUGGGAUAUAGAUGAAAUCAAAGAAACACUGGAAAUCUUUUCAUCUCUAAUGGGGAAGUUUUUCCGUAUAGUGUUUGUUUAUAAGGGAUCACUAGUUAUUCAGACAUCAGCUCAGCUACGUUUUCUGCAAAGCGACGUCGAAUUUCAAUUGGCUGUAAAAUCAUUUUUAAAAGAUUUACUUGACAUUUGUAAUCUUGAUACGGAUACCAAAACCAUUGUUCAAGUAACAAUUUCGGUAUCUAAUGAAAAAUUUGAAUCAAAAUACUUUGACUCACAGACAAUGGACACCUCAUGGUUAACAUGCGACCUAUGUUCUAGGAAAAAUGAUUCAUCAAACGCUAUUCAGUUUUGCUCUGAAUGUCAAUAUAAGCUUUGUCGCCAAUGUUUAUCGAACCACAAUUCAAAUGCAGCAUUUUUCGAGCAUCAUUUGACAAAUAUUUCGACCUUAUCUUUUGAGAAUUUUUGUGUUAAACACGACGGGAGCAUUCUCGACUUUUUCUGUGUUGUAAAUGAUUGCUUAUGUUGUCUAUCUUGUAAGACCGAAGAACAUAAUUCUUGUCAAGAUGUGCUUCCUUUAGAAGAUGCAGCAAAAGAUGUGAAACAUUCAGUUAUGUUUCAAGAAUUAUCUGAUUCCGUGUUAAACUUUACAAUGACAUUAAAUAGAGCAAUCGCAAGUCAAGAUAUAAAUAUAGUAAAUCUUGAUAAUGAUGAAUCUACCAUUUCAAUUGAACUUGCGAGUUACACAGCUAAAAUAAAAAAUCGAUUGGACGAACUAAAAAGAAUGGCUACACUUGAAACUAGAUCGUUAAGGAAUGAACAUAUUGCUAGAACUGAAUUCGAUAGAAACAGUUUAUUGCUAAUUGAAAGACUGAUAAAACAUAUAUCAAGGAAAAUAGACCAAGAAUCCAAGAAAGAUUCACAAAAACAAAUGUUUGUCCUGCUUCACUCGUUCAAACUAGAAAUCCUUGGCUUAGAGAGCAAACUUCAGAACAUCUUACCAACUCUUAUGACAAGACGGAUGAUAUUCCAGCCACAAGAGAGUAUUGAAAAUACUUUAACAACUUUGGGAGUAACAAAAGUAAAAACAUUCCAAUGCGUAGAAGAUUAUAAACCCCAUAAACCUCAACAAGUUCAAGUUCCAUCAUUUACUCAUCAAAAGCCAUCAAAGUUUAGAUUUGAACGUAAAAUAGAAAUCAAACGAUCUGAUGACUCAAUCAUCAGAAAAAUGUGUAUAACAGAUGAUAACCGUCUCCUGUUAUGUACCUUCAACGGAAACAACCUGCUUUUAUACAGUGACAGUAGAGACUACUUACAAGAAUGUCAAUUGUCUAGCGCAGCAUGGGAUAUAGUUGUUAUACCUGGUGAAGACAAAGUUGUCGUUACGUUACCUGUUCAGAGAUCAAUACAAAUAAUCGACAUUAAAUCAUUUAGUGCUGAUUCUAUACAUCCCGUACCUUUUGCUUGCUGGGCUAUCACUAUUGUCAACGGUAAAAUUUGUGUCGGUGGACAAAAGAUCGUAUACAUACUUGACCAGCAAGGGAAACAAUUGAAAAAAGUGAGAUUACCGAAUGAUUGUCAUAUAACAAAUCUACAUUCAGGUCCUAUGGAAAGUAUUUACUAUACAGAUAGAACGUGUGACGCUGUAUGUCAUUUUACUCUUGAAGGAGAAGAACGAUUCAGAUACACUUCAGUCGAUCUCAAAGGAAGUAGCUACUGA